GCGGCGGGCUUCGCCGGUUGCCGGGAGAACCGACGGCAACAAAAGGUGCGGGCGGCAGUGCCGCAGGGCGAAGUCGAGGAGUCCUGCGCUCGCCGCCGGAGACCGGGGCUUUCCCGAGCCGGAGUCCAGAUCUUACAAAAGAUGGAUGUUUCUCACACUAGAUACUGAAUAUUAAGAAGAAAAUCUGUUUAGUAAAAUCUAAGCUGCCAUGGAAGAAAUACCAGUAAAAGUUGCUGUAAGGAUUAGACCUCUGCUUUGCAAAGAAGUUCUUCAUAAUCAUCAAGUUUGUGUGAGAGUUAUUCCAAACACCCAGCAGGUUAUCAUUGGGAGAGACAGAGUCUUUACUUUUGAUUUUGUUUUUGGCAAAAAUUCUACUCAAGAUGAAGUUUAUAAUAUGUGUAUAAAACCACUAGUGCUGUCACUCAUGGAGGGCUAUAACGCCACAGUUUUUGCCUAUGGACAAACUGGAUCUGGGAAGACAUACACCAUUGGAGGAGGCCUUGUUGCUUCAGUUGUGGACGGUCAAAAGGGUAUCAUUCCUCGAGCUAUCCAAGAAAUAUUUCAAAACAUCUCUGAAAAUUCUAACAUUGACUAUAAUAUAAAAGUGUCCUAUAUAGAAGUAUACAAAGAAGAGCUAAGAGAUCUUCUAGAAUUGGAGACAUCAUUGAAGGAUCUUCACAUCCGAGAAGAUGAAAAAGGAAACACAGUCAUUGUCGGGGCCAAGGAGUGCCAGGUGGAGAAUGAGGAUGAGGUGAUGAGUCUCCUGGAGAUGGGGAAUGCAGCCAGACAUACGAGCACCACCCAAAUGAACGAGCACUCCAGCAGAUCACACGCAAUUUUUACCAUCACCAUUUGCCAAGUUGAGAAAAAUAAGGAGGCAGCUGAAGACGGAUCUUGGCAGUGCCCUCGGCAUAUUGUUUCAAAGUUCCACUUUGUGGAUUUGGCUGGAUCAGAAAGAGUAACCAAAACAGGGAAUACAGGUGAACGGUUCAAAGAGUCCAUUCAAAUCAACAGCGGGUUGCUGGCUUUAGGAAAUGUAAUCAGUGCUCUUGGGGACCCGCGCAGGAAGGGCUCACAUAUUCCAUAUAGGGAUGCUAAAAUCACCCGACUUCUGAAAGAUUCCCUGGGAGGCAGCGCCAAGACCGUCAUGAUCACGUGUGUCAGCCCAUCCUCCUAUGAUUUUGACGAGUCCUUAAAUUCUCUCAAAUAUGCCAACAGAGCACGGAACAUUAGGAACAAACCCACUGUAAACUUCAGCCCUGAAUCGGACCGUAUGGAUGAGAUGGAACUCGAGAUUAAGUUGCUUCGAGAAGCUCUGCAAAACCAGCAGGCUAGUAUCAGCCAAACUGGCCAGACCCAUCCGGAGGAGACUCUUGAUAAAUAUAGGAUCCAUUCUCUUGAGGAGCAAGUAGUCCAGCUACAAGGAGAAUGUUUGGAUUACCAAAAUUGUAUAGAGGAAGCCUUUUCCUUCCUGGUGGAUUUAAAAGAUGCUGUCAGACUAAACCAAAAGCAGCAACAAAAACUACAGCAGUGGUUUAACAUGACCCAUGAGGUCAGGAAGGUGGUUCCCACCUCAUUCAGAGGACGCCAAGGCAUUGGAAACUUGGAAGAAGGACCACAGCACAUUACAGUUCUCCAGCUGAAGAGAGAGCUUAAGAAAUGCCAGUGUGCCCUCGCUGCGGAUGAAGUAGUAUUUAAUCAGAAGGAACUGGAGGUGAAGGAACUAAAGACCCAAGUGCAAACGAUGGUUCAGGAAAACAAAGGACAUGUUGUAUCUUUGAAAGAAGCACAAAAAGUGAAUAGAUUGCAGAAUGAGAAAAUAAUAGAACAACAACUGCUUGUGGAUCAGCUGAGUGAAGAACUAACAAAACUUAACCUGUCACUGACUUCUUCAACUAAGGAAACAUGCGGAGACGGGCCAGAUACAAGUAUACCUGAAAAGAGACCAUAUACUGUACCAUUCGAUAACCAUUUGGGGCAUUAUAUUUACACCCCAGCAAGACCAGAUGCCCGGAAGGUCCACACAAGUCCUCCUCUGUACUCUCUGGAUCGAGUAGUUGCUGGAUUUCGAACACGAAGUCAGAUGCUGUUAGGUCACAUAGAAGAACAAGAUGAAGUCCUCCACUGCCAAUUUUCUGAUAAUAGUGAUGACGAAGACUCAGAAGGUCAAGAGAAAUCUGGAAUGAGACGAUAUAGAAGUCGCUCGUGGAUUCAAAAGGCAGGCCCCGUUUGUUCUCUUGCUGAAUUGAAUAAUAUUCAGGAUGAAACAAAGUCAGGUUUGGUGAAUGAAGAUGUAAAGGUUGAAUGUCUCCAGGAAAGUCAGGAGUUGAAUUUGCAAAACCUAAGGAAUACAGAACUCAUACUUAAUGAAGCUAAACAAAAAAUGAGAGAACUUACAAUUAAUAUCAAGAUGAAAGAAGAUCUGCUUAAAGAAUUAAUAAAAACAGGUAACGAUGCCAAGUCUGUAAGCAAACAGUAUUCUCUGAAAGUAACAAAACUAGAGCAUGAAGCAGAACAGGCGAAAGUGGAAUUAAUUGAAACACAAAAGCAGCUACGGGAACUGGAAAACAAAGAUCUUUCUGAUGUUGCUUUGAAGGUAAAAUUACAGAAAGAGUUCCGUAAAAAGAUGGAUGCCGCAAAGCUAAGAGUGCAGGUUUUACAGAAGAAGCAACAGGAUAAUAAGAAAAUGGCAACAUUGGCUAUCCAAAAUGAGAAACGUGCUAAUGAACUGGAGCAGAAUGUAGAUCACAUGAAGUAUCAAAAAGCACAGCUGCAAAAAAGACUUCGAGAAGAAAAUGAAAAAAGGAAGCAACUGGAUGCAGAAAUUAAGCAGGAUCAACAAAAAAUCAGAGAACUACAGUUAAACCCAGACCAACAGGAAAAAGAUCUAAAACCUAAGGCUGAGGAUCUUGAUCCAUUUAAGAUGAAAAGGAGAAAAGGAUCAUUUGGAAAUAUAGACCACCUCCAGAAAUUGGAUGAGCGAAAGAAAUGGUUAGAUGAAGAAGUAGAGAAAGUUCUAAACCAACGCCACGAAUUAGAAGAGCUAGAAGAAGACUUAAAGAAACGGGAGGCCACAGUUUCUAAGAAGGAGGCCCUGUUACAGGAGAAGAGCCACCUGGAAAAUAAGAAGUUGAGAUCUAGUCAGGCCUUAAACAAAGAUAGUCUGAAAAUCUCAACUCGCUUGAAUUUGUUGGACCAAGAGUUGUCUGAAAAAAAUGUUCAGCUCCAGAACAGCACAGCUGAGGAGAAAAUAAAGAUUUCAGAACAAGUUCAAGCCCUCCAAAAUGAAAAGGAACAACUACAGAGACAAAGAAACAGUGUGGAUGAGAAACUUAAAAACGGUAGAGUGUUGUCACCUGAAGAAGAACAUGUUCUUUUCCAACUUGAAGAAGGGAUUGAAGCUUUGGAAGCUGCUAUUGAAUACAAGAAUGAAAGUAUCCAGAGUCGCCAGAACUCGCUUAGAGCUUCAUUCCAAAACCUCUCUCAUAGUGAAGCGAAUGUCUUGGAAAAACUAAUUUGCCUGAGUCCUGUUGAGAUUAGAGCUAUUCUUUUCAGAUAUUUCAAUAAGGUGGUUAAUUUGCGAGAAGCUGAACGGAAACUCCAGUUACAGAAUGAAGAAAUUAAAAUGAAAGUUCUUGACCAGGAUAAUAUGGUUCGUGAGUUGGAAUCUGCACUGGAACAUCUGAAAUUGCAGUGUGACCGACGACUGACCCUCCAGCAAAAGGAACAUGAGCAAAAGAUGCAGUUGCUGUUACAUCAUUUCAAAGAGCAAGAUGGAGAAGGCAUUAUGGAAACUUUCAAAACAUAUCAAGAUAAAAUCCAGCAGCUGGAAAAAGAUCUUUAUUUCUAUAAGAAAACGAGCAGGGACCUUAAGAAGAAACUUAAGGAACUGGUGGGGGAAGCAGUUCGGCGGCAACUGGCACCAUCAGAUAAUCAUGAUGCUGGAGAUAGAGUCCCGAACCCAGAAGAAGCAGGCAUGCUUUCUGAAGAAUUAAAAUGGGCAUCCAGAACUGAAAAUAUGAAAUUAAGUGGAAGAGAGAGAGAAGUAGACAGUUCAGCAAGCAGUUUAAGGACACAACCGAAUCCACCGAAGCUUUGGGAAGAUGUCCCAGAAUUACCUCCAAUUUAUAGCUCUCUAGCACCCACUAGUGGGCAUUUGUUAAGUAAUGAAGAUAAAACAGAAACAGAGGAAAAUCAGGUUACAAAAUCUCACAGUCGACCAUCACCCCAAAUUCAGCCAGUGGGAAAUGUUGGACAACUUCAUGGUGUCACACCUGUAAAGUUGUGUCGCAAAGAGUUACGUCAGAUUUCUGCCUUGGAACUGUCAUUACGACGUUCCAGUCUUGCAGUUGGGGUUGGAUCAAUGACUGCUGAUUCCAUUGAAGUGUCUAGAAAACCAAGUGACUUAAGAACUUAGGCAUUUAAUGAUAGCAUUUUUUACUUAGUAGAUAUGUAAAAUAAUUCAUUUUUCUAAUCUGUUAAAAAUUAAAGCUUAAGCUCAUUAGCUCUUCCCUCAGGAUAGAAGAAGAAGGGAAGGAAUUCAUAGUCCUUUUGCAUACUAUAGAUGUAUAUGUCUUCUAUAGUGUAUUUGGAGAGUUUUAAUUUAUAUUUCCAUACUAAUUAAAGAAACAUUUUUUUCCAACAGUUGAUAAUGUUUAAAUAUUUCCACUUAUAAGUUUGUUUCACAUUUUUUCCAGGCAUCUCUGAAGCACAAAACUGCUGUGAUUAGAACAAUAUACUAAAAGAUCCGUCAAAAGUAUAUUAUUAUAUAAUAUUAUAUUUAUUAUAAGAGUCCUACAGGAUGCUCAUAUGUUAUUAUUCUCACAUAUAAAUAUAUUUUUAUUAGUCUUAAAAGAAGAUCCAGUUAAAUACUGCUUGUCUCAGAGGAAGUGUUACCUGCUGUGCAUGUGUUUUGGCUCAGUUGAAAAUUUGUGCCAAAAACGCAGUCUCUGGGCAAAGGCCACUGGCUAAUUAAGUUUCUGGAUUGAGGUUUAAGGUCCUCAGAGCCCACAGAAGUUGAGUGGUCAGUCUUGACUUUAAAUAUGGCCUCUUCCCUUUUUCUGACAUUUUUAAAAAAAUAGAAUGUAAGUUCUCAUCGCUCUUGUACUCACAUAUCUAUUAUUCUAUUAAAAUAAGGAGGAAUGGAUGCAGUUCGAUGGAACAGGAAACAAUGAUAGAAUAACACUAAAGCAUUUUAACAGUUAAGGGAAAGAACCUUGGUUGUGACAUGAUCUGGUGUGCAGUAUACCAGUGGAGCUUGAAAUAUAGCCAGAGGAUCUUCAGCUAAUACUCUGCCUGGCUUAACCCUGAGAUUUGUUCUUCUCUAUAACCUGCUUAGUCACUGUGGCCCAUUUGCAAACAGUUAGGCCAAACUACACUGAUGCUGUAAAUACACAAAUGGAAUUUUUACUAAAAUUUUCCUUGAAGAGUUUAUUUGUUGUUUUUCGUUAUCAAAUGUACACUUUGGUGUGGAAUUAAGAACUAAGCAUUGAUUUGCCCACCAAAUGUAGUUGGAUACUUUUUUACUAUAUUUUUCAAUCACAGAUAACAUUCCAUUAUAAUGACCUUCAAAACUCUGGUACUGUUACCUUUGCAAACUGUCAUUUGUAAGCCAAAGUUGAGUACUUAACUCUAAUGUUUGGGUGGGGGGAGUAGUAAAAAACCCCUGACUUACAGAUGCUUACAUAAUUAGAGUCAUCCUCUUCCCUGCUGAACCCUUUUUUUUUUCUUAUCUAAGGCUGCUACUAAUUUUUUUUUUUCUUUUGUUAUUUCCUUUACUCCACUGACCCUGAUCACCUCACCUCAGACCUAAACUAUCACCCCAGUGCUUAAAGACUUAUGGCUCUCUUUUUCUACUUUCUAGACCCUGGGGAGCAGGGAUCUUGGUCCCAUUGCUAAAACCCAGUCCUUAGAGCAAAAACCCCAAGCUUUCCAAAUUGGUGAAUAGUUUCUCUCUUAAGCAGAGUAUAAAAAAAAUUCAUUUAAAUUAUGGGUUAAGUAGACUUCGAUGGACUUACCUGGGAACUUAAUCACAAUUUAUAACAUUGGUCCAUUGAGGAACUGCUUCCUAAGUUUAAACAAUUUAUUCACAAACUAACUUGGAAUUUUAUUAAUAGGUACUAUUUGAAGUCAGACUUGGGUUUUCUUCUGUUCUUCCUCUCCUUGCCUUGGUUUGUAUGGUGUAAAUAUCAUGGCAAAAGGCAAGUGCCUUUAACAAAGCACAGUGAUUAUAUAUUUAUUAAUAAAUAUAUUUAUUAAUGAAGGUUCUAAUUUUAAAUUCCCUGUAGAUUAAGUAAUGUACUAUGCCUUGAUUUUAGAAAUACUCAUAUAAGAAUGUAUUCUGUCGCUGGAAUCCUGUUGGCCCACUUUUUUUUUUUUUAACCUGUGGAAAUGUAAACAUUUUUACUGAAGUCCAAUUCCCUAAACAAAGCAAAAAAAAUAUGUGAACACUGACUAGAUUUGAUAAUGUAAAUGUGAACUGGAGUCUAAAUAACAAAGGUGCUAUUUUUUUCUUGCUUUUAGUUAAGCAUAUAUAUAUAUCCUUCAUAUGCUGUGAUAGAUUUCACACAUACAUGUGUACACAUAUAAUGUGUUGAAUAAUAUAUUUUUGAAGUGAACCUCUGGGCAUUCUGAUUUAGGCAGCGUCCUCACAAAGUUAAGAAAAAGUAAAGCACCUCUCCCAAGGGUAGUAAAAUGAUUUCCUUACAUAUGCUAAUAAUAGAUUUUACUCUCUUUUUCACAUGCUUUCCUUACUCUACAUAUUUUGUCAUUGUGUUUGCCUUUUUGCAUGUGUAUAAAAUGUUUUUUUUCUGUUAAAUUCUUUUUCACUUCACCUGUAACAGCUUUUGAAAGGAAAAAUAAUUUGCCUCUGUAAAGUACUAGUUCCUUCCCUAAUUCUAGAGUGUUUAAAUAACAGAGAAUUCUGUAAAUAUGGGAACCGUGGGUGGUAAGAACAUUGAUUAAGGUGCUUUUGUGCUUUAAUGUUUUCUUGUGUUAAUGUCUUUUUUUGUCCCUCAGUUAGUCAUAUCUUCAUGAAUUCAGGGUCCAAGUAGUUAGCAAAAAUACAUAAGAUCUUCAGUAAUAAGGAUUUUAUUGCCACUAACCAGUGCCUUGUUUAUAUUGUUUAUAUAUUUAUAUAUCAAGGUCAAUAAAGUGAUGAAUUCUUAUU